GGCGGCUCCCGCCUGACUGACGCCGGCCGGGGCUGCUGCUGCCGCUGCCGCUGCGCCCUGGCCCCGCCGCCGCCGCGCAGCUGCAGCCCCGCUCCCGCCCGCGGCGCGCCGAGACCCCAGCCCGCGCCCGGUGGCAGGCUUCAUCAGCAGUUUCUUGAUGUUUGGAAAGUUCUGAGACCCACCCUGUUGGACUGCUUGUAACCAGUGCCUAAGACUGCAAAAAAGUACGUGUGGAAGAACCUUUCCUUCAAGUGUGUCCAUCUUAAUAUUGUGGAAACUCCGUGCAAGCCUUGCAAGGCAGCAGAGCGAUUUGUGCUUCUGUUGACGCUCGUGUGUAAACUCUGCUUCUUAUGCACUCCAGCACCCCUAUCAGUUCCUUGUUCUCCUUCACCAGCCCUGCAGUGAAAAGGCUGCUGGGCUGGAAACAAGGAGAUGAAGAGGAAAAGUGGGCAGAAAAAGCUGUUGAUUCCUUGGUGAAGAAGCUAAAGAAGAAAAAAGGUGCCAUGGAAGAACUGGAAAGGGCUCUGAGCUGUCCGGGUCAGCCCAGUAAAUGUGUGACGAUCCCACGUUCCUUGGAUGGACGGCUGCAGGUGUCUCACCGCAAGGGGCUUCCCCACGUCAUCUACUGCAGAGUGUGGCGCUGGCCUGAUUUACAAUCUCACCAUGAGUUGAAACCACUGGAAUGUUGUGAGUUCCCAUUCGGCUCAAAACAAAAAGAAGUAUGCAUUAACCCCUACCACUACCGGCGGGUGGAAACGCCAGUCCUACCUCCUGUACUUGUUCCAAGACACAGCGAGUUCAACCCUCACCUCAGCCUCCUCGCCAAGUUCCGAAACACUUCUCUGCACAGCGAGCCGCUGAUGCCGCACAAUGCCACAUAUCCCGAGUCUUUCCAGCAUCCUUCAUGCGCCCCUUUUCCAUCAUCACCCAGCCACAUGUUCUCCCAGUCGCCUAACAGCAUCAGCUACCCCAACUCCCCUGGGAGCUCUUCUGGACCAGGAAGUCCCUAUCAGCUCACGGUGGAAACUCCACCUCCACCUUACCACGCAAGAGAACCUCCAGGAACCCACAAUGGGCGGUCAAUGGAUGCAAUAGGUGAAAGUCAACUAGUGCUCUCUUUGCCCAACGGAGGUAAAUCUGCCGAUGGAGAAUCUGAAAACUUUCGGCCUGUUUGCUACGAGGAACCCCAACAUUGGUGUUCAGUUGCCUACUAUGAACUCAACAACCGGGUAGGGGAGACUUUCCAGGCUUCCUCUCGAAGUAUCCUUAUUGAUGGAUUUACAGAUCCCUCAAACAACAAAAAUAGGUUCUGUCUGGGGCUGCUCUCAAAUGUAAACCGCAACUCUACUAUAGAAAACACCAGGAGACACAUAGGAAAAGGUGUUCAUCUUUACUAUGUCGGUGGGGAAGUUUACGCUGAAUGUGUCAGUGACAGCAGUAUUUUCGUGCAAAGCCGCAACUGUAACUAUCAGCACGGUUUCCACCCAGCCACUGUCUGCAAGAUCCCCAGCGGCUGCAGCCUCAAGAUCUUCAACAACCAGCUCUUCGCCCAGCUGCUUGCCCAGUCAGUCAAUCAUGGUUUUGAAGUGGUGUAUGAGCUGACCAAGAUGUGCACUAUUCGAAUGAGCUUUGUUAAAAUUUGGUUCUACACAAGUGACUGAAUCAAGCUGACUGAAUUCACAUAUAAGAUACUACAAAACUGCUUGAGGCUCAAGCCCACUUCCCUUAUGUUCUGCAGAGCAGAUGAGUUGAGUCCCACGCAGCUUUCUGCUUCUGACUCUUUCCAGCCAUCCUUGGGGACCCACCUCCUCAACUGUCUGAGAGCAUUAAGGGUGCCCUAUAACUUUUCCCAAGAGUCCAAGCCAAACUCUGCCUGUGACCACGCUGUUGCAUUUUUCUUGGGAAGGAACUGACAUCUUGUUCACACGCAAGCAUUAAGGGAAAAAAAGAAAGCAAGAAACCCAACAAACAAUAUUUUCGUUAAUGGAAGACAUGAAUGGGCAUGUUGUUUGUAAAGGCAGUGUAGCCAGUUCCGCAAUAUUUUCAUUAUCUCAGCAACUCAGGGGCAGUCUCUUUGAUGUGUUAUCUGCCUCCUUGCCCAGCAUGGCAGCAGAAAUGGUGGUGUUGAUGCACUAAAUAACGCUGCUGCCAUAUUAUCAAUCACCUUGCUUUGUUGAAACAAUAGCAGCCCUAUAGUGCCUCAGGCACCAGAAAACCAGUGCAAGGAGUUAUUUUGAACCCUUUCCCAUAACCUUUGGAAAAUGGCUAUGCAAAUCUCCUGUAGGUUCUUCCUGCCUGGCCUGUAAAAACCCUUUCCUGUACUCAGUCAUCUCAAAUUAUUUCUCUCCCAAGGUGUGAGCCCUGUUGUGUUCAGUCUGGGGACCAGAAUGCCUCUGGGUGUUGGGUAUGCAAUGCAGGAAGAAGCUUGUUGUCUAUCAGAGCCCCACACCAGGAGCCUGCAGGUGCAGGGCAGUCCUGUGGCUUUUCCCAUGAUUCAUGACCAGGUGCUACGUGGCCACUCAGGUGCUACGUGGCCACCCACAGCCCACAGGGCAAGAGGAGCCAAAGGGCUGGAGAACCUGCCUCCUACCUCAUCAGUGCUUGAGCUACCACCUGGGGAGGCAGGGAUGGGUAGGGACCAAGACACGAGAAACGUGCCAGAACUGCAUUAUCUUCUGGAGGCAGGACAUGACACAGAGGGAAGUGAAGGUCCUGUCACCUCUGAUACCCUUUGUGUUCCUGCAGAGCAGCUGGGAGGAGCUCAAUCCUCAGGGAGAUGUGAGUGUGUCAUCAGUGAGAGCAGACAGGCAUUUCCAUCCCCUGAGCACUGCUGUUUGCCAAAGCAGGAUGACCAUUGUCCCUUCUCCACAGAUGAGGCAGCCGAAGCACAAACUGGAGAGAUGGAGAGUUUCUCCAGUCCAAGGUCGGAACCCCAUGCCCUUCCUUCCAUGUUUCCUCAGGUUUUGGGGCUAAGGGGAUGACCCAGCAGAUGUGGCAGCUCAGCACUCUGGGACGUGGCUGGACUGGGGGCUGGAAAGAGCUGUUGCCCACAGGAGGUGGGAAGGGCUGGCAGGAGCAGCAGGAGCCCCCAGCUGAUUCUCUGUGCCUGAAGGCACAUUUCUGUUCUUCCCAUGGGGGUAUCGGUACCCCCUUCCCACCUCUGCACAAAACACCACAGCUUUGCCAGUUGCUCUCAUUUUACUCCCUUGUUAAGAGAGCUCCACCUCCAGUUUAGCCCUGUGGAUGAAAGAUGCUACCUGUGGCCCAAGAGAGAUGUGUGGGAGGCACGAGGGGUCCUGUCCUCCUGGCUUUUCCCCUGCUGGGAGCUCCAGCUGGCAGCCUAAGACAGCAGCGCUGGGAUUUUGGGAGCUGCCAGCAGAGGGAGGUGGCCGGCCACAGACCCGCACUGUCGGCUUCCUCCAAAUGUGACAGGUUGUGAUUGCAACCUGCAAUUCCUAUUCCUCCAGAUUUUCCAUCCUUCCAGUCAGUAGAUGUGCACUGAUUCCUCUGACACUUGCCCUUCUGACCAUGUAUCUUUACUACAGCUGAGUACUGCAGACUUCACAAACUCAGAAUUCUGACUGCACUAAUUUAGAGAGUGGCAUUUUAUGCAAACAUUUCCAGAAAAUUAAUCUGAGGUGCCUGCAAACACAGGCCCUGCCUAGGUCAGAAAAAUGCUGCCUGUUUAAAAGUACUCUUUGGGCUUUGGUGGGUCCAUAUCUUACUCUUCUGGGGGAUGGAUUUUAUGCAGACCACUUAUGGCAUCAAAUUUUGGUGUUGAUCCUAGUUUUGCAGCUGACCGUCUAGAGAAGUGGGUUCUAGCAGCUUCAGUUGUCUGAGUUGUUCAGCACUCUACAAUUUAGGUACCUUUGGCAGUCAUCAAUCUUAAUAUACCUCCACGUCCUCUUUUCAUGACGAAUAUUAACCCGCCUGCCUGGCAUAACAAUAGGUAAGGCUCAGCUUCUCUGAUCAGACGCUCACAAAGGAAAAGCCUUAUCCUGCAGUGGGACCGUGUUUUGCACGUAAGCCUACGGAAAUCCAGGUUCGUGUUUGGUAGUGAGACAGCCAAGGAGCUGUGAGGCUUUGGGCUGUGACUUGGAUGUCUGGUGUUGCUGUGAAAUCAGGCUGGCUGCUUCACAAGCAGCCACUGUGCCCACUCGAGGUGCGGAGACUUCUGGUUCUCUUUUGUCCCUGCCAGCACCACAUCCACAUCUUCUGUCAGACACUCCAUAUCCCUUAUAUCCCCAAAGGGGAUGGAGAAAUUACUGCAGGACUUUCUACAACAGACAGCCGGCAUCUCCCAUAGGAAAAGAAGUCAUGUUCAAGGAUAGAAAAACUGUGGAAAAUAUCUAUACAUAGAUUAGAUACAGUAUAUAGGAACUGUGCUGGAACUUUCUAGAGGUUCAGAUAAAUACUUAGAACUUCUAGAGUCUCAGAUUCAUAGGCUGCUUCUCGACCAAUAAAUGAAGGAGUGCCCAGGAUCAUUCCCAGAUCCUACUAAAGUGUUAUGACGGGGCCUGGCCUGCUUUUCUUCUGUGCCAGACAGCAGGCUGGCAGACUUUCCUGGGCACGUCUCUGGGGUGCGAACAGCAGGGACCAUUCCCCACAGGCUGUUUGCAGGCAGCCAAGCUUGGAAACAGGCCUUUUCCAUGCCAGCUGGUCUCAGCACCUGGAAGUGUGACUGAGCAUUUUUAAUCUAAUACUAUAGAGACCCUGAUAACUAUGAUAACAAUGACUUUAGAAAGGAGCAAAGUUUCUAGAGAAAAUGAUCCCUAAGACAAAGCAUUAAAUCUUGGGACUACCUGCACUUGCAUUAGACUUUCAGUACUGGAGUUGUGAUUUAAUUUUUUUUUUUUAACUCACAUUUUGGUCCUUUGAUGCUUUUAUAGGGCUGGGGAGCAGAAUAUCAUCGCCAAGAUGUUACAAGCACACCCUGCUGGAUUGAGAUCCACCUGCAUGGACCAUUGCAAUGGCUGGAUAAGGUGCUGACACAAAUGGGUUCACCUCAUAACCCCAUCUCCUCAGUCUCUUAAGAAUCAUCUCUAGAAUUCCCUUAGGAUGGAUGCUAUUGCAGGCAGUGGCUUAUAGGAUUUCCAGUGAACAGAAGCUUCUAUAUGUAGAUGUAUGUAGAUGUAAAUAUAUCUAUACAUAGUCUACUCUUCUUUUUUUUUUCAUGCUAUGUUUUGUGGUUUCUAGUUAUUCUGAUGCCAGUACAAUAACUUUAGAAAUUCAGGUAUAGCGUAUCUGUUCUCUAGUACAAAAUAAGCCAAAUUCCUGCAAAAGUGUGAAACAGUUCCUGUGAGCAUCUUCAUUCCCCAGCCAAGCCAGUAUACAGUGCGAAUUCUCUGCACUUCCAUGCAGAUUCAGAAACCUGGCUGUAGCUGUUCCUAGUAGGUGAAAUUCACCCCUCUGCAGGCAACCAAAGUCAGAUCUCUGCACUGUUUAUAUCCAUUUUACAUCCUAAUUUCAGGUCUAAAAGAGGACCUUAGGUUGUGCACAGGACUUAUGCAUAGAGAUGACUUUUAUCCAGUGAACUGAAGGACUAAACUGCAAUUCCAGUCUGUCUGGAAGCACGAUGAGACAACAGAUCCUCUGAGGAGCUGGGGCACCCCUUUCUCCCUCAGGAGGAGAGAGCCCUCAGCACAUGUUCAGCACUGGAGCCUUAUCAGAGCAUUCUGAAUGCAUCCGAGUAGCCUGAUACUGUUCACACAGCUUAUGGUACUGCUGCACUGAAAAGCAACAAGCUCCAAGAAAAAAAAAAAAAAGAAA